UGGAUGAGCGAAGAAGUCAGUUGACUAUUUAGGAAAGUAGUUGGACGAUCACAUGACCGCUUGGAACGCUUUGUCACUUGCUGUAACUGUCAGUGCAGCUUCUUGUGCACUUUUGUGUCUGUGAUUUACCUCACGACUACGAGAGCAUGCGAUGUUGCGAUGAUCGCUACUGGCAUGCGCAAUGUUUUAGAAGGUUUCGCCUACAACGGUCUUUGCGUCGGAUAUUUUGUUGCGAGUGUGCUCAUCGGCGGUUGCAGGAUUUAUGUCAGUGGGCACGCGUCCAGAAGCUGACCUGAUUGAUAAUUAGUUAAGCUCUUGAGCGCUAUUGAAUCUUAGGGGCCCUCAGGAGUUUGUCCCACAUACAUAAACCCUUACAGUUCGACUGAGGAACCUCUGGACGAACUUCCCUCAUUCUCCUCAGAGCUUCUUCUAUGGGUACAAAGCUUAGAUACUUAGUCACUGGGGGUCAUGGAUUCAUUGGAUCCCAUGUUGCCCGGGAGCUAAAGAAACGGGAUCACUACGUUCGAAUCGCUGACAUUUCGCCAACCUGUGGACUACCCGGAGAGCUAUGCGAUGAAUUCUUCCUUGUGGACCUUUGCGAUCUUGAUCAAUGCCGACGAGCAGUGCGGGAUGUUGAUUGCGUUCUCCAUUUUGCUGCUCUCACGGGAGGUGACAUGCGUAUGAUGCAUGCGUCGGAUGAAGGGAGAAUCUAUAUCCUCAACCACAUCGCUACCUUUAAUCUCCUCCGCGCUUGCAACGAACAAGGGAGACUCUCAAAGUUUCUUUUCGCCUCGUCAAUUUGCGUAUACCCACAGGUUUCGCAUGGAAAAGAGAACGGAUAUGUCUUUCCCGCCGAAACCGAUGUCCAACAUCAUCCCAUCUCUCCCCAAGGUCUAUGUGGCCUCGAAAAAUUCAACUCCGAAUCACUGGUGCGAAAUUUUCGUUGGGAAUCGUACGCUGAAGCUCCUACCCUUCACAUUGCGCGUUUCCACGACGUUUAUGGGCCCAACGGCACCUGGUUUGGCGGGAGAGAAAAGACUCCCACAGCCUUCUUACGCAAAGUGGCCCUGGCAAGACUCAGGAGUUUUCUUUAUAUCGAUGACGCUGUCGACGCAGUCAUGCGGCUACUUGAUUCCAAGUGCAGCGAUCCGAUAAACAUUAGAUCAGAACGAACGGUAUCAACCAAGGAACUCGCCUCUAUCGCCCUAAAAUCGGUAAACACCAGUGGGUCGGACGCUAAAACCCGGACUUCUGAUACUGCGUUGGCGGAGAAAGUACUUGGAUGGAGACCUCGUAUUUCUCUGGAAGAAGGAAUGGAGAGAACGUGCCGUUCGAUCGAAGCGGGGAUGGAAAGAUUCUUGGCAGAGCUCCCCGACGAAAAACGGGAGGGUCAACUUGAACUCUGGAAGCAUGGUAAAGUCGAAGACUUGCGAUCCAACCCUAUUAGUUUUGCCUUGUUGCUCCCAAUGACAUCAAGAAAAUCUUCCUCGCCCGACGAUUGCUUAGAUUCGCUUAAACGGUUUGCCCGUUCCGUUGUCGACACCACGUGGCGAGACACGCACAGUUACAGCAACACCUCGUUCAAGACCAAAAUAUACCUUGGUAUCGACAGUGACGACAACUCCUUGCUUCUAGGAUCUGCGGAAUCGAAACUAGAGCCGAGGGCCUGGCAAGAUGGAGUCGAUUAUUUCAUACUUCUUCGUGAUGAUGCUCACCAAUGUUUCCUCGAUCUUUCAGCCACUCGCGGUCUUCCUCAUGGAGUUGGAUGCGUUGCAUUUACGGAUACCACGUUCCCUGGGAUGCCAACUUUUCCGAUCAUCCAUCGCUACCAUCUGGACGCCUUCGAUAGCAAACGAAUAAUGCCCUCCCGAAUAUCAAGCAGGAUCGGUGGGGAAGGGUCAGCUCGAGAUUCUCAAGCCUCUGCGACACAUUGGACAUUCCAAACACUCGAAGUAGCGAGUGACGUGUUGGUCAAGGAUUUGGCUGCCAAAGGGUUCAAGGAUGCCCGGAUAAGCACCAUCGAUGUCAUCGUUCCCUCGUUCCGUGUGAACUUGAGCCUUCUCGACAACAUUCUGGGAAUCCGAUCGAGCGAUACUUGCUCCGUGAACUUCAUCAUCAUCAUCGACGCUCCCAACUCCCCUUGGAUCGAUAGACUCCUUACCAGACACGGACAUCGGUCGGAUGUCCGGAUAAGGAUCAACGAACGUAACGUUGGGGCAAGCGCUUCAAGGAAUCGCGGUCUGUCGGAGUCCGCAGCGGAGUGGAUUCUUUUCUUAGAUGAUGACGUGAUUCCUGAGCCAGAUAUACUCUGUAAUUUGGAACGUCAGAUCCGCGUACAUCCUCAAGCAGCCGGAUUUCCCAACUCGAUUUUUACCAUGGCAAUGCAUUAUUCUGUUACAGCGAAUCUUGCGGUUAGGCGAGUGAAUGGCGGGUCUGACUUCGAUCUUAGGUUCCCGCGCACCGGUGGCGGGGAAGAUGUGGACUUUUGUGUCAGACAUCGUCAGGCUUCGAAGGCCACUGGGGGUGUCGGGUUCCUUGGUGCACGCGACGUCGUUGUUACCCAUCCCUGGUGGUCUGGGGGAUCUCGCUCGUAUCGACAUUUCUUCGGAUGGACGCGUGGGGACAGUGCAUUGAUCGGAUGUGCCGACUUUGCAGAGAUUCUUCUUGCUGCUUCUGCUGGAACGAUUGUGGGGUUGCUCGGGGUCGUUCUCCCAUGUUUAUCCCUUCUUUCCCACUUUUCCCUUGCUCUCCUUGUCUCAUCAAUGGCGGCAAACAUCUUCCACGAUUUCUUCCGUCACCUCUGGACAGAAAGGGGUCGCAUACGACUUCCAGGGAUUCAACCUAAUGGCUUUAGAUGGUGCAUCGCGAUAUUGGAGAGCUCGAUCAUUCGCAGAGUUUGCGAGGUUGGACACCUGGUAGGAAAAUUGGAACGGAGAGAGUUUAGGAGCGUUUUUAAAAGAUUCGAUUGGUUCAUUCAACUUCCAGGGCGUAAGGACAAGGAGUUGGCGCGCAGGAACUCGGUGGAGCGCUUCAUCCUCACCGUGUUGCUCAUGACCGUUUACCUCGGCCACCGCUGAGCGGAAGUGAUUGCCAGUUCAAAAGUUCUUUAGACUAUAUAUAUAUAUGUGCGAUCGAUUUUCAGAAUGCUUUCCCUACGAUAGAUUCAAUGAUUACAUGGUUUACCCAUGCAUGAUGGCAUUUGAACCAAAUUGCAAAGCAAUUAGCUCUUUGCGCAUCGUGAUGAUAUCAAGAAUCGAAUCCCCUUUUAGUCGACUGUGGGAGGAUGUUGAAUAGGGCCGGCUUGCACAUGUUAUUGUGUGCUGGGGGUGCUUUCUGUAUACUGUGACUGCGUUGCCUUUGGAUUGUGGGAUUGGCUGCGUCAGCCAAUAAAGCUGAGCUCUUUAGUCUUGCCGUAGCUAGCUGUAUUGGCCCAUCAGCAAAACUAAGGUUGAUACGGGUCCCUAGCAACCCCUAACAUGCCGACCAUUUCCUGCCUCGGGUGGAAAUGCCCUAUAUAUGCU